AGUUGUCAAAUUUUUCCUACAAAAACAUAAAUAUGUCAAAAACUAAAUAUCAAACAAAAUGCAUGUAUUCUAAGUAACUCAAAUACUUUUAUUGAUAAUAUUAUAUUGAAUAAAAUGAAGAAAUUAACAGGCUCUUUUCGAUAUACGCAGUGGGACCCUUGGUUAGUUAUUUCCCAGAUAAUCUCAGUUCAGUGCUUGCUCUAUGUUUCUCUGGGUCUUAUUUUAGCAUUGCUUGGCACUCUAGUAGGAGAUUCUAGGACUUUAGAUCAUAUAUUUGAAUAUCACGAGAUACAUGUACGAGAUUUUGGGGGAAAAGUAGUUAUAUCAGCAUUUGUUAUAAAUGCUUUAGUUGGGGCUGCUGUUUUAUGGCAUAUAGUUGAAAGAACUAAACAAUGCAUGGACUUUAGCUGUACCUGGCAUUUAAUACAUCUUAUAAUAUGCUGGUUUUAUAAUGGUAAUUUUCCUGUAACUUUCUCAUGGUGGGCCUUAAAUGUAGCUUGUGCAACAUUAAUGUGUGUUUGUGGGGAAUUUUUAUGUUUAAGAACUGAAUUGGCAGCUAUACCAUUGUCUUUGGGUCCUAAAACAGACUUGUAGGUUUUAUUUAUAACAUUGUUGAUAGGUUAUAUUUUAAAUAACUAUAACUUGUCUAAAAUUGUAAUAUAAAUUGUACAUAUUGUAUUGAUAAGGUACCAAUAUAUUUU